ACUGCGUUCUGCGAUUCGCGAACUGCAUUCGACAGCCCUAGGGACAGAAGAAUUAUGGAUAUUCAGGAUUGUGUGGCUAACAAAGAUGUCGAAGUGGCGAUUUUACAGAAAAAGAUUCAGUCAGCAAAAAGCCCUGAAGAGGAGUCAAGGCUGAAGCAGGAAUUGCAAGACGUCAUGACUACAAAAGAAGUAAUACGGGACUCAGUACGACACAUCGUUGAGAAAUCAGCUGACUCUCCAGAGCAGGCCGAAAGGGUGCUAAAUUCAAAAAGUGGCGAUUGUAUGAGCAGGAUGUACCGAGACGUUGUCGAGUAUUAUAAAGCCAAGUGCUUUAAUUGGCAUGAGCCAAAGUACCAGUCUGCCAUACAUCACAUGUACCUGUUUGCUAACCUGUGUGAGGAGAAGAUCCCAGUGGAACGGAUCAAGUCUGCAAUUGAUGAAGUUAGUGUAGGUCUGAAGAAAGAUCCUGUCUCCAGCGAAGGACAUUAGUCAUCCUCACAAGUUUGAGUUUCCUUAAAUCUAGGGUCAUAUGAUUUGUUAUGACUGUUUAUCUGUAUUAUCUAGUUUUGCUGCUUUGACUUUGAUUCAGACUCACAUAUCUUUCCUCCAUACAUUGGUAUUUCUUAACAGAGAUAGAGAGCACAUUAAUCCCUGUUACCUUAGCAGUAUCCUUUGUUUCAACAUUGAUUUUUCUUUUUUCAUUGGGUGUUUGUUUGUUUAUUGUUUUGUUUGCGUGUUAGGUAUUGCCUUGUAUUUUCAAACUAACUUUUAUAUAACGUUUCAACAUUGCAUCAGUGUAA